ACUGGCAGGCACCGGCAGCCGAUCCAGGCCCGAUCCCCCCACCCCGGAGCCAGGGGCCGUUGGGCCCUGUUGUUGGGCUCGCGGGGGUGGGGGGGCUCGGGCCUUUGUUGGUCACAGAUGGCCCGGGGAUUUCCUGGGAUAGAAAUAGCCGCCGGCUCCGGCCCCUUAAAGCUGCUUAAGGGGCGGGAUGCGGAGGGGAGGGUCCGGGCACACCCCACACGUCCCCGAACGAGACCCCAGCCUCCGCGCUGAGCUCCCACCCGGGAGACGCCGGCAGCGGCGCAGGCCUCCGGUUGCUUGGGCGGACCGCGGAACCCGAGGCCAUGUCCCAUGAAAAGAGUUUUUUGGUGUCUGGGGACAACUAUCCUCCCCCCAACCCUGGAUAUCCGGGGGGGCCCCAGCCACCCAUGCCCCCCUAUGCUCAGCCUCCCUACCCUGGGGCCCCUUACCCACAGCCCCCUUUCCAGCCCUCCCCCUACGGUCAGCCAGGGUACCCCCAUGGCCCCAGCCCCUACCCCCAAGGGGGCUACCCACAGGGUCCCUACCCCCAAGGGGGCUACCCACAGGGCCCCUACCCACAAGAGGGCUACCCACAGGGCCCCUAUCCCCAAGGGGGCUACCCCCAGGGGCCAUAUCCCCAGAGCCCCUUCCCCCCCAACCCCUAUGGACAGCCACAGGUCUUCCCAGGACAAGACCCUGACUCACCCCAGCAUGGAAACUACCAGGAGGAGGGUCCCCCAUCCUACUAUGACAACCAGGACUUCCCUGCCACCAACUGGGAUGACAAGAGCAUCCGACAGGCCUUCAUCCGCAAGGUGUUCCUAGUGCUGACCUUGCAGCUGUCGGUGACCCUGUCCACGGUGUCUGUGUUCACUUUUGUUGCGGAGGUGAAGGGCUUUGUCCGGGAGAAUGUCUGGACCUACUAUGUCUCCUAUGCUGUCUUCUUCAUCUCUCUCAUCGUCCUCAGCUGUUGUGGGGACUUCCGGCGAAAGCACCCCUGGAACCUUGUUGCACUGUCGGUCCUGACCGCCAGCCUGUCGUACAUGGUGGGGAUGAUCGCCAGCUUCUACAACACCGAGGCAGUCAUCAUGGCCGUGGGCAUCACCACAGCCGUCUGCUUCACCGUCGUCAUCUUCUCCAUGCAGACCCGCUACGACUUCACCUCAUGCAUGGGCGUGCUCCUGGUGAGCAUGGUGGUGCUCUUCAUCUUCGCCAUUCUCUGCAUCUUCAUCCGGAACCGCAUCCUGGAGAUCGUGUACGCCUCACUGGGCGCUCUGCUCUUCACCUGCUUCCUCGCAGUGGACACCCAGCUGCUGCUGGGGAACAAGCAGCUGUCCCUGAGCCCAGAAGAGUAUGUGUUUGCUGCGCUGAACCUGUACACAGACAUCAUCAACAUCUUCCUGUACAUCCUCACCAUCAUUGGCCGCGCCAAGGAGUAGCCGAGCUCCAGCUCGCUGUGCCCGCUCAGGUGGCACGGCUGGCCUGGACCCUGCCCCUGGCACGGCAGUGCCAGCUGUACUUCCCCUCUCUCUUGUCCCCAGGCACAGCCUGGGGAAAAGGAUGCCUCUCUCCAACCCUCCUGUAUGUACACUGCAGAUACUUCCAUUUGGACCCGCUGUGGCCACAGCAUGGCCCCUUUAGUCCUCCCGCCCCCGCCAAGGGGCACCAAGGCCACGUUUCCGUGCCACCUCCUGUCUACUCAUUGUUGCAUGAGCCCUGUCUGCCAGCCCACCCCAGGGACUGGGGGCAGCACCAGGUCCCGGGGAGAGGGAUUGAGCCAAGAGGUGAGGGUGCACGUCUUCCCUCCUGUCCCAGCUCCCCAGCCUGGCGUAGAGCACCCCUCCCCUCCCCCCCCCCCCACCCUGGAGUGCUGCCCUCUGGGGACAUGCGGAGUGGGGGUCUUAUCCCUGUGCUGAGCCCUGAGGGCAGAGAGGAUGGCAUGUUUCAGGGGAGGGGGAAGCCUUCAUCUCAAUUUGCUGUCAGUGAAAUUCCAAUAAAUGGGAUUUGCUCUCUGC